AUGGGCUCAGCUCCUUCGGUCGCAGAACAUCGUCUAAUCGUUUCGUCUCACUUUGGUGAGACCAUUAAGGUUCAGGCAGGAAAUUCCAACAAAUGCAUUGUAUCAUACUCUCCAACAACAUGGAGUCCAAACACCAUCGACAAUCAUUUAUUCAAUGAUGUAUUCUAUGAAUGUAGAUUUGAGGCCUUACGAAAAGAUUAUCACUCCCAAGAGUUGCUUAAUUCCAUGCAGAAUAUGUAUAACAACAACAACAAUAACAACAACACCUAUUCGGACACGAAUGAUGGUACCUCGACUCCCACUCCACAACAAAAUCAACCCUCCACUCCAUCCUUCAUUGGUAGUGUCGGUGGAGGAAGUGGCAUUGGUGGAGGAGGCUCCUCAUUCAAUAGUGGCUCUGGUGGAACGUCAUUUAGUGGUGGUGGAGGAGGAGGUUUCUCAUCCUCAACAGCCUCUCCAUUAUUGGGUGAGGUGCAAUUUGAUCCAUCCCUACUCGACGAUCGAGAUGACCGAUGCAUAUCCUUUGAUGCUCUGAAGACCAAUUACUCAGAGUUUAGGAAUUCAAAACUAGUUCAACAUGUUUUCUCUUCGGUGGACCGAGCCGAUGAAAAUCAGAUGCACAUUACCGAAUUCAUGAAUGCCUAUCCAAGUUUUCAAACCAAUGAACAACGAGCUGAAUUCUUACUCACCUUGUUAUUGAGGAAGACAAAGAAAAUCACGGGUUUCCACGAGAGCGGUGGUAUUAAUAAUUCAAAGAAAAAACCUCUGGAAAUAUCCAUCAAUGAUAUGGCUGACAUUUUAGCUUUGGGAAAGGAAAAGCCAAGAAAAAUUCAAAACCAAGCUGAACGAACUCACUUUAUCAAGUUGGCCUCUUUCAUGCUGUAUCAGUGUCUCUCAAAUCAACCAAAAACAGACAAGGAAACCAAUUUUUGUAAACAAGUGGAAGCAAUGCUGUCCUUGCUUUGUGAAGCAAAAGCUCCCUCAACAACACUUGCAAUGAGCAAUAAUAGCCCAAGAGCCGUUACUUCUCAAUCACCAACACAACAACAACAACCAAAAAAGACAGAAGAUUCUCUCAGUGCUCUUAUUGACUCAAUAGGAAACUACACUUUCAAUACAAAGCAAUUUGCUCUUUUGCUGAACGCAUUCGAGACCAAAACAAGGGGAAGUGAUGACGAAUGUUUGUUGAAGUGCUAA